UCAGCGAGUCGGACUCCCCCGCCCCUCCCCCCGCCCCGAGAGCGACUUGGGCUCGCCCCCCGCAGCGACCAUGAGCGACCAAGAGAGUCCAGAAGAAAUGGCUGUUGUGAAGUCUGAGAAGGAAGAAGAAAGUGCUUGUAGUAGAAGCAGUAGUAUUGGAGGCAACGGUGAGGGUCAGGAAUCCCAGCCUUCACCCCUGGCUCUCCUGGCAGCCACGUGCAGCAGGAUUGAGUCUCCCAAUGAGAACUCCAACAGCUCCCAGAGCCAGCAGGGGGGCUCAGGUGAGCUGGACCUCACAGCUGCUGCCGCUCAGCUUGCCCAGACUACAAAUGGUUGGCAAAUCAUUUCCACUGUCCCUGGGACAUCCAAGGAGCAAGGGAGCAAUGGCAGCGAGUCGUCACCAAAAAACCGACCGGUGACAGCUGGGCAGUAUGUGGUUGCUGCUGCCCCCAAUUUGCAGAAUCAGCAGGUGCUGACCAGUUUGCCUGGUGUUAUACCUAAUAUUCAGUACCAGGUGAUCCCACAGUUUCAAACUGUUGAUGGGCAGCAGCUGCAGUUUGCCACCACCCCAGCCCAAGUCAAUGUCCAGCAGGAUGCCUCUGGCCAACUUCAGAUCAUCCCUGGGACAAAUCAACAGAUCAUUACAAACAGAGGCGGGACAGGCAAUAUCAUAGCCGCCAUGCCAAAUCUGCUGCAGCAGGCUGUCCCAAUCCAGGGGGUUGGCUUGGCUAAUAACGCCCUCUCGGGACAAACUCAAUAUGUGGCAAAUGUCCCAGUGGCUUUAAAUGGUAAUAUCACCUUGCUGCCUGUCAGCAGUGUUGCCGCCAGUUUGGCGCCCACUUCUCAGACCGUCACUUUAAGUAGCUCUGGCUCUCAAGACAGCAGCUCUCAAAUAGCGACUUCUGGUGCUGCUAUCAGCUCUUCCAACAUAGUGACGUCCCUGGCCAGCUCUGGUGCUUUUUUCACCAAUGCCAACAGCUACUCUACCACGACCACCAGCAGUAACAUGGGCGUCAUGAAUUUUUCCAGCAGUGGGACCAUGGGAACAAACGUUCAGGUCCAGACACCCCAGAGGGUUAGCGGCAUUCAGAAUUCGGACUCUCUACAGAACCAGGUUUCUGGCGUGGCACUUCAGCAAGGUCAGCAGAAAGAUGCCGAUCAAAAUCAACAGUCCCAGCAGCAGAUCCUAGUACAGCCUCAGCUUGUCCAGGGAGGGCAAACCAUUCAGGCCCUCCAAGCUGCUCCACUCUCUGGCCAGACCUUUACCACCCAAGCCAUCUCCCAAGAUGCUUUGCAGAACCUUCAGCUUCAAGCACUCCCCAACUCUGGGCCAAUCAUUAUUCGAACACCUACUGUGGGGCCAAACGGGCAGGUCAGCUGGCAGACAAUUCAGCUGCAGAAUCUUCAGGUGCAGAAUCCCCAAGCUCAGACAAUCACCUUGGCCCCAAUGCAGGGAGUAUCUCUGGGGCAGACGGGGCACACCAACACGCUCACACCAAUAGCCUCUGCCUCGCUCCCCAGUGGCACUGUCACUGUAAACGCCGCUCAGCUGUCUUCUAUGCCAGGCCUUCAGACCAUUAACCUCAGUGCCUUGGGAGCAUCUGGAAUCCAGGUACAUCAGCUACAAGGGCUGCCGCUGGCUAUAGCCAAUGCCACUGGUGAUCACAGUGCUCAGCUGGGCCUGCAUGGUGGAGGGGGUGACGGAAUGGGAGACGAAAACGCUACUGUGGAAGAAGGGGAGACUAGUCCCGACCCACAGCCACAAGGCCGAAGGAUGCGGAGGGAAGCCUGCACCUGCCCAUACUGCAAAGACAGCGAAGGAAGGGGUUCUGGGGAUCCCGGUAAGAAGAAGCAGCACAUCUGCCACAUCCCGGGCUGCGGGAAGGUGUAUGGCAAGACGUCCCACCUGCGGGCUCACCUCCGGUGGCAUACCGGGGAGAGGCCUUUCGUCUGCAGCUGGAUGUUCUGCGGGAAGCGCUUCACGCGCAGUGACGAGCUGCAGCGGCACAAGCGCACACACACAGGUGAGAAGAAAUUUGCCUGCCCGGAGUGCCCAAAACGCUUCAUGAGGAGCGAUCACCUGUCCAAGCACAUCAAGACCCACCAAAACAAGAAGGGAGGCACAGCCAACAAUGUGGCCAUGAACGUCUCUGCGGUCUCCAUGGACACCGGGACUUCGGAGGGAAACAGUGGGCCAACCCCAUCGGCCCUCAUUGCAACCAACAUGGUGGCCAUGGAAGCCAUUUGUCCCGAGGGCAUCGCACGCCUUGCCAGCAGCGGCAUCAACGUCAUGCAGGUGGCAGAUCUUCAGUCCAUCAACAUCAGUGGCAAUGGAUUUUGAGACUGUGAGAACCACAAGACAUGGACGAUGUACAAAUCUGGGGUUCAAGGUAGUGUGCUGAGAGGGUAGGGUCAGUUACACCUUCUAGCACGAGAGCCCAGUUCCUCUCUGCCAGGAAUGCUACCUGAAAACAAGGCCCAGCGAUUGGCUCAGACCUCUGAGGCCCAGUGACUACAUGGGGAUGCCAGAGCUUUUUUUGACUCGACUUUCCUUCCUCCCCCAUAACUUCUCCCCUACCUUUCCCUCAGUAGCUACCCCUGAUGCCAACAUGCCUUGGUAAAUGUAUAUGAUCAUUGAAAUACUUUUUAGCGCAAAAAAAAAAAGAUUCUAUAUUAUUAUUAUAUAUAUAAAAAUAUAAAAUGUGUUCAUUUGAGCAAGGAAAAAAAUUGCUGCGACCAAAGUGUUUUUGGUCUAUUUUGGAUGCCUUAUCUUUGAACAGAUGACCCCGUGGGUAGUUAAUAAGACAAUACCCAAGCUGUUGUUCAGAUACUAUAUUACAUUUUACAUUGUAACCUUAAAAAAAUUAGCCUUUUGUAUGCUCUGCUUUUAGGUUUCUUUUUUUCCUUAAUUUUUUUAAUUAUUUGGGUGAGGUUUUCUUCAUAUAAAACAGUCACCCUCUUCCUUCCCGUCACCCCUUCGUUGCUUUAUUUUAAAUUGUAUUCGCUGCAGAGAUUCUCCUAUCCGACUUAUUUUAACCUUGCUCUUUCAUUCUGAGCAUAAGUGUACAUGUAAAAUUGUUUGUAAAGGUUUUUGUGCGGGUUCACUCGAGCUAUUUACCAGAAGAGGGUCCGGGACCCAUAAUGCAUUCUGAGAUUUUUGCGGGGGGGAGGGGAGGGAAGGGGGAGUCUAGGGCAAAUUUAUUUUUCUGCAGUCGGUCUUAAAAACAAAACACCAACGUCAGCGCGACCAGGGCUGGUGAGAUGAAGACACCUUGAGUGUCGAGUGGCAAAAAAUAAGGAACUCGCUGAAAAUGCAGUGGAGAAGAGACCACUGAUAAUAUUGUGUCUAUUCAGAGUAACGUGCCUAGUCCGGUUAAAAUGUAGCGUGAGGGGAUGCCUGUUGGCAUCCCUAAUCUGAGGGUUACUGCAGAGCAGCUGAUGCUAGUGCAGAGGGUGUGUUGAAAUUGACUGUUGGUCAGACUGGCAGGCUGCUGGUACAUUUGUAAGUGGCAGGGCGUUUGUCUGCCAGACAUGGACUUCAGGCAUAGGGUGCUUAGUGGACAUGUCACACGGCCCCGGGCUGGGGCUGUUUAUUAAUGGGAGGCAUGUCUCUUAUUCAGAUUAAAUCAUCACAUCAUCUUGCAGGAUUUUUUUUUCUUCCAACACUACAUUGCUUUUCUGGCUCCAAGGCUUCCCUGUUCUUGCAGAGAUUUCCAAACCAGUAAUUGGAAACAAAGGAAUUUCCCGGCUGUCUUUUCCUCUUAGUCUUUUUCAAGCCCAUGGUGGACUGGUAGUACUGAACCCUGCUAGACUCCUCUGUCCAGCUCACUCUUCGUCCCCCGCCCUUCUCUUCCUGCUGCAGCCACAACAAAGUGGGUGUUCCCGAUGUCCCCUCCAUUUCCCCUAGCCCUUCUGUGAAGCCCAGUGGAAAGUCCUUACAACAGCAUAAAAUUGUAGGAAGAGGACCUCGUGCCCUGUAGACUGGGGGGGUGGGCUUCAGGAUUUAGAAUCCCUCCAGUUGAGAAUUCAGACACCUUCAUGUGUGUCACCCACCCUCCCUCGGCCCACAAAUCAAAGGGCUUGAAGAAUCCUCUAGGAAUAGGGUGAAUUUUAUUUAAUGAGGACGAUAAGCAGUGUUCGGGUGUGUUUUCAUAGAAAAAUAAA